UCUAUAGACUAUUGAAUUCAUCUUCUAUCUAGUAAUGUGUAGUUCCUACUAAUUAUUAAAAAUAUCAAAUUCAUCAUUAAAAUGAUUAAAAAUACACAUAAAUUACAACAUCAGUUUACGUUAUCAAAAUUAAGAUUAUCAUAUUAUAUUAUAACAGAGAACUGUAGUAACAGAUUAGAAAUUUACAAUUAAAUACAUAAUCAAUCAACAUGGUCAUGGCGGCAUCUACAGAAGAAUCGGUGGACAAUGGAUUGCAUUCAUGUAAAGUACUCAUUGUUGGAGCUGGUAUGGCUGGUUUAUCUGCCGCUAAUCAUCUUUUGAAAAAUGCAGAGCAAGAUUUUCUAAUUGUCGAGGCUCGUUCUCGUGUCGGUGGUAGAAUUGUUGCUACAAAUAUUGGAGAUAAAAAAGUAGAGUUAGGUGCCAACUGGAUUCAUGGAGUAUUAGGUAAUCCAAUUUUUGAACUUGCUAUGACCAAUGAUCUUAUUAGUAUUAUGAGUAUAUCAAGACCUCAUAAAAUUGUUGCUGCAAUGGAAGAUGGUAAACAAAUACCAUUUUCUGUCUUGGAAGAAAUAUAUACAGCCUAUAUAUGCUUUUUGAAAAGAUGUGAGGAAUAUUUUUUAAGCUCUUAUAAUCCACCAGAAGGAAUUCAUAGUGUAGGAGAACAUAUUGUUCUUGAAACUAAUCUAUAUUUGGCAUCUUUAUCACCAGAAGACAAAAAGAUUCGACAAUUGCUUUUUGAUUGCUUACUCAAAAGGGAAACUUGUAUAACUGGAUGUGACAAUAUGAAAGAAAUUGAUCUAAUGGAAAUGGGAUCAUAUACGGAACUUCAAGGUGGUAAUAUAAGUUUACCUGGAGGUUAUAGUUCUAUUUUAGAACCCAUUUGUAAGCAUAUACCAAAAGAAAGAAUUCUCACUAAACAUGCUAUUACAAAAAUAAGAUGGCAAACUGAUUCACAACUUAGAUCUAAUGGAUCAAAUGACGCCAUAAAAGUUGAAUGUGAUAAUGGAAAAAUAAUAAAUUGUGAACAAGUAAUUUGUACAUUGCCUUUAGGAGUAUUAAAAGAACAAGCUGCAGAAAUAUUUGUGCCAUCACUAACAACUUCCAAACUUCAGGCCAUCGACAAACUAAUGUUUGGAACAGUUGAUAAAAUAAUAUUAGAAUAUGACAGACCUUUUUUGAAUCCAGGUAUUUCAGAAAUAAUGUUAUUAUGGGAUGAUAGGAAGUUAGCUGUUGAGGAAAUUGCUGAUCCCAUUCAAAGUUGGUUCCGUAAAAUUUAUUCAUUCAUUAAAAUUUCGGAUACACUAUUACUUGGUUGGAUAUCAGGAAAAGCUGCUGAGCAUAUGGAAAGUUUAGAUAGUGAUGAAGUCGCACGUGUUUGUACCAACGUUCUACGUAAAUUUCUGAAUGAUCCAUUUGUCCCUACACCAAAAACCUGUAUUCGUACAUGUUGGUAUUCGCAACCUCAUACGCGUGGUUCCUAUACAGCUAUGGCUGUGGGUGCUAGCCAAAUAGAUAUUGAACGUCUCGCAGAACCCAUUACAAAAGCUGGAGAUUCUUCCAAACUUAAAAUAGCUUUUGCGGGAGAACACACGCAUUCAUCUUUUUAUAGUACAGUACAUGGUGCUUAUCUUAGUGGCCGUACUGCUGCACAAGCUGUGCUUGAAUCUAGGAGGUGGGAAAAACAACUAUCUCUCAAUUGUGAUGGUACAAGUGACUAUAGUUCUUGGAUCCAAGGAAUUAAGCUGGAUUAAGCUUUAAUAAUAUUACAUCGAAACGUAUAAUCUUUUAAAUAUCUACAAACUUAUUUGUACAUAGUAUUAUAAUAAUACUCGUGAGUAUAUACAAAAUUGUGUUUCAAGUCCUUAAACAGUGAUUAAUAUCUAGUAAAUAUGCCUUAAACAAUCAAGCCU